UUCUUUAACCAUUAAAGCAGUAAGCUGUAUAUAUAAAAUAAUAACCAGAUGAUGAUGUGUAAAGAAGACAAAACGCUGCCUUUCAUCGGAAUAACCGCUGGAUGGGGGAUUAUUUGCAUUUCUGUACAGUGACAACUUGACUCGAAGGAUGAUGAUGAUGAUGACUGUAAAACGGUUUGCUACUUCCACCGAGAACUCGGUGUACAGGUUACUCCAGCUGAUAAAGCAGAUGAUGAGGACGAUGAAGAUCUAAUGGUGAAUAAAACAUGGGUCCUUGCACCAAAGAUUCAUGGCGGUGAUGUAACUCACAUACUGGAUUCCUUACUUCAAGGAUAUGACAAUAAACUUCGGCCAGAUAUUGGGGUGAGAACUACGGUAAUUGAAACAGAUGUCUAUGUUAACAGCAUCGGUCCAGUUGACCCUAUCAAUAUGGAAUACACUAUAGAUAUAAUUUUUGCCCAGACUUGGUAUGACAGCCGUCUAAAAUUUAACAGCUCAAUGAAGGUGCUUAUGCUUAAUAGCAAUAUGGUUGGAAAAAUUUGGAUUCCAGACACUUUCUUCCGGAACUCAAGGAAAUCUGAUGCUCACUGGAUUACAACUCCAAAUCGUUUGCUUCGAAUCUGGAGUGAUGGAAGAGUAUUAUACACUCUAAGGCUGACAAUUAAUGCUGAAUGUUACCUUCAGCUUCAUAAUUUUCCUAUGGAUGAACACUCCUGUCCUCUGGAGUUUUCAAGCUAUGGAUAUCCCAGAAAUGAAAUUGAAUACAAAUGGAAAAAAACCUCUGUUGAAGUGGCAGAUCCAAAGUACUGGAGAUUGUAUCAGUUUGCAUUUGUAGGGCUACGAAAUACAACUGAAAUUUCCCAUACCUUGUCUGGUGAUUAUAUUAUUAUGACAAUAUUCUUUGAUCUCAGCAGACGUAUGGGAUAUUUUACUAUUCAGACAUAUAUUCCUUGUAUACUCACAGUUGUUCUUUCAUGGGUGUCCUUUUGGAUCAAUAAGGAUGCAGUUCCUGCCAGGACUUCUCUGGGGAUCACAACGGUGCUGACCAUGACAACACUGAGUACAAUUGCUAGGAAGUCACUCCCAAAGGUUUCCUACGUGACAGCAAUGGACCUUUUUGUUUCUGUUUGCUUUAUUUUUGUGUUUGCUGCCUUGAUGGAAUAUGGCACCUUACAUUACUUUACCAGCAGCAGAAAAGGGGACAAAGGAAAAGAAAAGAAGGCAAAAUCUAAGCCAUCAAAACCACCUGCAAUUGCUGUUCGACCUGGAUCAACACUAAUUCCAAUUAAUAACAUUAAUCAUCUCCCUGAACGUGAUGAUGAUAAUGGAUAUGAGUGCCUAGAAGGAAAAGACUGUGCUAGUUUCUUUUGUUGUUUUGAAGACUGCCGCACAGGAUCUUGGCGAGAAGGAAGAAUACACAUCCGUAUAGCAAAAAUUGACUCCUAUUCUCGAAUCUUCUUUCCAACUGCCUUUGCACUGUUUAAUCUUGUUUACUGGAUUGGCUAUCUUUAUCUGUAACUUUCAGAGGUUUGACAAACUCAGAAAAAAGUACUAAUUGAAUGAUCAUUAAUACUUUUAACUGAGCAAAGAUUAGAGCUGGUCCAAAAUGACUCAAAUUGUUUGUAUGCUUUAAAAAUUUGAAACAAUGAGAGGAAAUAGGAUGGUGUAGUCUCCCUCUUGUGAUCAACUGUAGAACUGAUACUGGUAUUUUGAAGAGAACAUUUUAAAAUAAAUAUCCCUAAGAUUUAUCUUUUCUGAACACACAUGCAUAUAUUUUUUUCCAGCUCUAAGAAAAUGCAGAAUCACAGGCUACGUUAUUUAACUGAACCAUCCUACAUUCGCUCUCAAUUUUAAUCCUAAAUGACAAUGCAGAAGGAUUUUGUAGCAUCUCUUACACCUUUAUAAAAAAGCCUUAAUUAAAUGAGAUUAAUUGCUCUCAUCUAUUUCAUCCAUAAGGUGAUGAUUUUAUUAAUCCCUAAUUUUAAAAAGUUGAAAUAUAAUAUUUCUGUUUUCAAUCAGUCAUUUGUUCUCUCCAGUAUGUUAAAAAGUGUGAUUAGAUGAUAAUUAACCAAUUCAGAUUUAUAUGGAGUGAAGAUAUUAGAGCAGCAAAGAAUGGAUAUAUCAAAACACCCAAGGAUCAUUCUGAGCUUGUCUUAUCCUGACCAUGGAUACAGACUUUUUGCUUUCAAACUUAGAUUACAUUUAUAUCUGUGCUCCAUUUCCUGUUACUUCAGUGUCGUGAGUUUCCCAAAGCUGUCCAAGAGGUCUACAAAUUCCAAAAAUUCUUAUUCAGCCGCCAUUGCUUGCUCGUUUCAUGGAAGACAGACUGAUGUUGGCCAGGAUUCUGGCCAUUAAGCAGAAUGAUCUUCACAUACUCAGCGUUGGAGAAAAAGUCAUAAUGCUACAUUUGGAAGAAUUUGUACUGGCAGAAUUUGGAAGGAUGCUAUAGUCAAUGUACUCAAAGUCACUGUGUUAAAUUCUCAGUCCUCAAAGUGCAAUGUGGGUUCUGGUCCAAUUUGCACACAGCAUGGUUCUGUAGAUUCGGUUUGUUACUGUACAAGCCACUCACUGAACCCAAGCCAAGUGGUAUUAAUGCAUUGAAUGAGUGGUGUGGAUUGCUGGGUAAUCACCUUCAUGAUAUUUGUUUGUUUCUAACAGAAAAGACGUGUUAUGGAGGGGGACUUAAUAUAAGCCUUGUGCAUUGCAGAACCUUCUCCAAGAUGGGAUACAUUCCCCCAAAAUUGUAGGACCAGUUCCAUCCUUUCUGUGGUGAGAACUUUGGUAGAAAUUCUUCAGUGAGGUCUUUCUGGACUAGUUUUUUGUUGCUGGCUAUUGCUGGAUGGCAACACUUGGUAUCUAAUUUCUAUUUCUAAAUCCAUUGUCUUCAUUAUAGAAAAGUGUAGUCUUUCCUCCUUUCUCAAAAAGAAACUGGUCUCAAGUGAGUUUACAAAAAUCACUGUAAAAUUAAGAUAUGCAUUAAGUAAAAGUCAGCAUUACACAGAAGACCUUACAGAUCUUUAAAGAGGAUUAAUGGGAUUAGCAUUUGGCUGUAGGUAAGGAUGUUCAGUACUAAAGAUAAAGACAUGAUUAAUAGCUAAGAAUAGAAAAUAUUACAUGAAGGGUUGCACCCCUCCUCCCCAAUAUUUCUGUUGAAUAUGCUCCCUCCUCUGAAUUUCUGAGAUAGGAUUACUGUAUUUACAGUCCAGUUGGUUCCAGAUAUAAUAAGAUAUGAUACACAAUACACAUUUCAGAGGAAAUGUUAUUCCAGUGUUCAGCCCCAAAGUUUAAAUAGAAAAUGGGAGAAUAUGUGCAUUUGUACUGGAAGGAAGUGUGACAGAAGAUCCAAUUUUAAUGAACAAUUUAUUCCAGUAUUUAGCUGAUAAAAUAUAGGAGUGGUUGAGACAGUCUGAAAGCCCAGAUUAUGAGGAUGGCUGGCCUUAUUUGUGGAAUGACCUUUCUGAGUACCAAGUUCUUCUGACUAUUGGAUUGAGCAUAGCAGUGUGGUAUCAUUAACAAAACUGGUCUGCUGUAAUUUAUUGGAUUUUUAGAGUCUCAUUUUCAUAAGAAGUUCAGUCCAAACGAAACGUGUCAGUUUUAAUUCCGUAAUGUAGGUUGAUGCUUUUUGACAGCAUGCUGAAAACAUUCCUCUGUAGGAGGGAUGAAGGUGGCUUCAGCAGUGUGUUGGAUAUGUGCUUGAAAAGCAGUCAGCUUGAUGUGCAAUGCAAGGCCCAGAUUUAGUGAGUUCCUGAGUUUCAUUAAUUCCCCUUUAAACAAAGGAAAAUUAAAAGAACUUGGCACUUCACAAGAGGAAAUACAAAUUUCACAGUCUGCUCUCCUCUGGCUCAUCUAGUUAGCUUUUUCUAUUCAUGUGGUUGUCAGUUGCCAAUCAGCCUUCAGUGACUGAAUUGGAGAACAGAAAACAUUCAGAAUUGGCAAGGGAUGGCUAAGAAGUCUUUCAUCUCUAAUUUCUGUGGAACAGUGUAAUGGAGUAUUAAGCCUAUUGAAUGUUAUGGCUGUUUGGCUUAUGGAUACACUUGCUUCUGUCUGUUGACAAACUUCUGUGUACUCCAUUUGUUUCUGAUGAAAUAUUUUAAGUUUCUAAUAGCAUUGUGAGCGCAAAUUGGAAUGAGAAUGCAGUGAACUGUAACAUGGAAUGUAAUAAAUAUAUGAUUUUAGUCCUAUGUAUUUUCUUUCUAAUCUGCAUGUAAACACUUGAUUCCAAGAAAUCUAAGUGAUACUUAAAAAAAUUGUCAAGAAACAGAGAGUAUAAUUAAUUUGAGUUAGAUCUUGCAAUAAUUUUUUCAAACUUACCUGAAUAAAAACUUUGUUUACUCUUAGCUGGGAUCACUUUUUUUGGGAGCCAUAUUAUUCUGACCAUCACUGCAUAAGCACACACUUAAGCAUAUUCCUAAUUAGUACUGUUAUUAGACCAGAAUUCAGAAAAGAGAGUGUUUAUGUACUGCCAUAAAGAGUGAUGCUAUCAUGAAUUGAUGCCAUUAACACAUGCUUAAUUUGCGCUAAUUUCAAUAAUGAGUGUUCAGUAGCUCAAAUAAUUGAACAUUAAGGAUGUGAGCCAGAGCCUUUUCAAUAAGAGAUUUUCUCACUGAAAGAGAGGGACAUAAGAGCAAAAAUUGCUGUAAAGGCAGAGAGUAGAAAAAUUCUGGGAAAACUGUUUUAUACUGCACCUAUCUUUGGCAUCUCUUGAAAUGUAUUUUUCAAAAAAAGAGACUUUUCCUUGAUAUUUCUGUAUUAGUGUUUACCACUUGUCUGUUUUAGUAGUGAGUACAGAUCAGUGUGUUAUUUUUGGUAAGGUUCUGUCUAUGAUUGUACCUCACUGAUCUUCAGUGCAUGUCUUCUGUGUCUGAAUGAAUCUGUUUUAUGUGGUGGCAGUGCAACCAAAGCAUGAACUCUGGGUGACGUAUUUUGUAUUCACAUGUUGAUGUGCUUCAAAGAGUUUAACCUUAUCCAGUUUUCUGGCAUUCAGAGAUAUAGGAUUGUGUAAGACUUUGAAGAAGAAUCUCCUCCAACAGUAUUUUUAUAACUCUGUCCUUUAUUUGGUAUGGUAGUAAAACAUUUGUUUAAAAUUGAUGUAUGGACUGUGCUUUGUAAUUUGUGAAUACCUUACAAUUGAAAGCAAACAGGAGGAGCCUGGAUUUAAAUAUCUAUCUGCCUAAAGCAAGAUUCGUUUCAUUUAAUUGUAUCGAUCAUAAUUUCUGUCUAUUGUUUCCAAAUAGCUGAGAACUAGUGCAAAUGCAUUUUUCUGUUAGUAUAUUUAUUUCUUUAGAAUUCAUUGUAGUUUCUCUCAGUUAUGCAUUUAAUGUGGUCUUUCAUGCUUAUGAAAUAAUAUUGUAUAAUUUUUUAGUCAUUAUAAUAGAUAGAGAAGAUAUAAACUAAUGUAGAAUUCCACAGCUGAAAAAUACAAAGCCAGGAAUCAGAAAGAAUUACUGUGCUUCUUUUCAUGAAAAAGCUCAGUGGAUGUCCUCAUGCCUCAUGAAUGUGCUGGAGGGGGAGACUGACUCAUGUGGAGAGGUAGAAUAGUCUCCAGAGUGUAGAAAAGGCUUUUGCAUUGGUUCAUGCUCUGGAUUUGCUACAUAGGUGGUUCAAAUGGAGGAAAGGAAUAUAUCUAUCCUUCCUCUUUCAGUGAUCUCUUGUUUCUUCUUCAUUUCCAUCAGCAACAGCAGUUCUAAUGCUCUGUUGCCAGAUGAAAUAAAACCUGAAAAAUUAUCUUUAUUUUGCUUUUAUUUAGUUAAUAUUUCACACAAAUGGGUGGGAUUAUCUGAUUGAACACACAAGAUUAUGACCAAAUUUUUCUCCAAGGAAGGUGGUGGGAGUUUGCAGCUGGAGGAUGAAGGAUGGCUUAUUUUGAUGAGCAUUUUUCAUUCAGUUGAGAAUCUGCACUGAAAACUGGUGAUAGGAAAGGAAACAAUGGUAUGAGGGAAAGAUUGAUGGUGGUAGUGAUCCCAGAAUCAAGUUACAUGAUUCUCAGUGACUUAUACUUAGUUCAUAGGUUUCUCACUGAUAUUUGUGAUAAUGCUCUUGAUUUCUCUGCAACAUAAUUAAACAUUUGUAAUGUUUUAAAUAAAAAGGAAAAUAUUGUAUAUUUCUUGUACAUUAACUACAGACUGAAUGAGCAAUAGAAAGUUAUCUUGAGUGAACAUUCUGGUGAAAUGUCAGACGGAAAACAGAGAUCAGGUUAAAUGAGAUUGUUUUUUGUAAUCUCCAUUUAUUAUUAGAGAUAAAACCAUUUUUAAAAUUACUGAGUAUUAAUUAGUGCAGUAGGCACUGGGAAAGGCCUGAUGCCCAGUCUAAACUGCUGUAUUGCCCUCAAGGGCUAAAAUAUUUGAGAACAGAAACCUGACUCAGACUGCACUCAGUUAUCAUCCCCUAUUUUCAUCAGGAAAUGAGAAAAAUGAAUCGUGAUUAUGCCAGACAUGAACUAGGAUAGCUAGGGUGCUCCAGGGAGAUUGGUUUCUUGUUAAUAGGAAGGGUCAUUUCUGCGUGAGACUGUAAUUUGAAACAUUCUUCCCUUAGAAGAUGGGUCUGUGCUGUGACUUCCAUGAUGUCGGAAAAGCAUCCUUGCAUUUAAUGUUUAUCUUUGCACAAGAGCAGUUUCACUGAAUUGCCUGUCCUGCUGUGAGGCACCAAGGCAUUCCCUGUGUGGUAUGGAAGAGUUUUGGUGGCACUCCUGGGCAAGAUGUUUAAAUCUUGUCAAAGGGAUCAGUCACAGUUGUCUUUUGGAUGUUAUGAUGCUAGUGAAAGGGUAGUAAAUAAACUUUUGAUUUUACUUACUAGUAAAGCUCAAUGAGUAAGUCAGAGGGGUAAUGAAAGCUAUUGCAGAAAUCUCAAUGACCCCUGGAGACUGGAGAUUGGCUAAAACUGAAGUACACUGAACAAUAUACCCCUUUUUCUAUGGUAUGAUAUACCAUAGAUGGGUCCUGUUCACUAGUAAUAUAUUGAUUCUAAAAAAACUCUGAAAGCCUCAUGGUAUUUUGAGGGGAAAUAAAAGAUCUUUAAAAUUAUUAUUCUCCAUCUCAGUGACAAAUCUUGCUUUGCCUGAAGAUUUUGCUUACAGUGCAUCAACCUCACUUAUGCUGCAUGAAGAGAGCCAUGGGGGUAAGACAGAAGACCUGUAAACUGUUCUACCUUGUUCUGUCUCAGUUCCUUUUCUUCAGCAAAGAAAAGAGUUUCAUAAGGGUAUGCAUUUGCCAUGUGUAAAUGAGGACAAUUUUUCUACUGACAACAGGGCCGGAGUCCCACUGACAGGAUCAAAGGAAUGAGACUCACAAUAAUAAGACUUCUCUUGUAAUUCUUUGUAGCAGCUACUUUUCCAUACAUCACUGCAGGCCUAUUUGAGAUUCAAAAUAUUUUUCAGGUUGGAAGCAAUUCUUUUGUGCGUUUCUGGCUUCAUACAAUGUCUUCAAUUAUCAGGGUUUGAGCCUUGCUGGAUUCCAAAGGAAAGGUUUCCUCUUGAAGUUUCCUUGUCCAGGCAUUGCAGGUAGGAGAUGUCUUCCUGCCAAACAUUGGGAAAAGUGAUUUUCAGUUGAUCCUGCUGAGGAGACAGACUGGCUCUCUGGGGUGGUAUUAGGAUUCUUUUGUCAUUUAGACCUGAGAAGUUGAAGGCUGUUAAAAGCAAUGACCAAUACUGCCUCCACAGAGGAUGUAUUACUUUUGCCAAUUUGAUAUUGAAAAACAAAAUCCAAAACUGUUACUGUGGGUGGGAAAUGAGGAUGAGUCAUCAUUUUACUACAGACAUAUAUUUCCUCUUGAAUUGUUUUUCUUCCUUACGAAAGAUGAUAUAUAGGAGUCUUUUGGUCUGUGAAAUAUUCAGAAAAGAGAUGAUAGUAAUUUUAAACAGUAAAAUCAUGUUAGUCCAUCUGUCCAACAAUGGCCUAAGAGCAGUAGAAAUUAAAGCACUUACUCUAUAAUUCAGAGUUUCCAAGAAAGAUAAGUGUGGAAAUUUGCAUAUUUAUAGACUCAGUAUUAAUAUACAAUCUGUGUUCACACUUUAGUCACUGAAAAAAUCUUAAUGGUUUGUGAAUCUUCACAGUAUCUUUUAUAUUUCUCUCUGUUGUCCACUACAAACACUUGGACUCUUUGUCUGAACAUGAAGAGUUGUGUUUUCAUACCUUCAAUUACAGUUUAAAUUGCUAUAGAAAAUACUUCAGAAUCUGGUAAUUUCACAGUGAUUCCUCAGUUUAAAAAACCUAAUAUAUUUACUUAAUUUACUUAAGCAGAUAAUACCGCUUUAAUUUCUAUUUCCCUAUAUUAAAGUUUUAUAAACAAUUGCAAUUUAUGGUCUAAACCCUAAUUUACAGAAAUAUUUUUCAAAAAUAACACUUGCUGAUUUAUGAUGUGUCUUGGUAUUUAUUAUAUUGAGGGUCUAGUAUUCAAAUGCACCCUUAAUCCAAAUCUCUGUCUUGGCAUCUACUGUUCACAUAAUGUUUCAGUUACUCAGAUUCAUGCCUUACUAGUAGAUCCUUGUUUUUCAUUCAUUGCUUAAAAAAAAUGCUGAUGUUUUUAACUACCUGUGUGAAUAUUUAUACUAUGCACUUAAUUUGAUAGUGUUUUGGCAUCAAUGGACAAUGUUGCAAUAUUAUGCAUCAGUGUUCCUUUUAAAGUUAUUAAUGGAACAUAAGAUAAAUGUUGCAACUCUCUGUGCUGCUUCUAAGGUUUAUGUGUAAAGUACAUGGUACUGAAGCAAAUUUAUUCUUCUAUUUCAGUUUUCCUUCCAAAAACAUCCUUGUUUGGGGUAUUAUUAUUAUUAUUUUCAUUAUUACAAUUAUUAUCAUCAUGCUGAUAUUUGCAAUUCCACUUAGUUAUUUGGUACUGUUCCAAUAGUACUUUUCCAACAGUAUUCAUCCAUUAUUAUAUUCAAUUACCUGGAAACAUCAAGGUAUCCUCACAGUCUUUUAAUAUGAUUAAACCAUGACUUCUUCAGCCUCUCUUAAAAUGCCAUAAUCUUCUCAGUGCAACACCAAAACUAACGCAUUUUCAGGUAUUAAAUUGAGUUUUGCUUGCUUCUCAAUUUUGAAAAAACCUGUCUGCUGGGUUAUAAUGAAACACUGAUAUCAUCAUUUUUAUAUUUGACAACAUUAUUAAUCAGCAUGGCUGAACCAGAAGAAUUCAGAGAUGACAAACAGAUGAUACUCUUGGCUAAAUCUCAUGUGCAGCUACAACUUUAUGGGUGUUAUAGAAAUUAUAGUGGCAAUGGCAACAAUAUAUAGAUAUCUAUAUGUAGACUGGAAAGCAAGAUAUGAGAACUUAUAAAUCAGUUUCUGGUUGUCAGAGUUUUGAAUUUUUCAGUAUACUCAGUUUUUGGAUGCCUCAUUUUCUGAUGUGCAGUUUAAGACAUGAAAAAAAAAAAUCUACUUUUCAGAAGUUUAGCCCUUUUUAAAAGUUAUCCCUUGGGCAUUUGGUUUCAAGUACUUCAAAAAAGUAACUAGGCAUCACUGAGUAUUUUAAAUAAAUUAAAUUGCUAUAGAAUAGUGCAGAAAGUUCAAUUAUGGUUCAAGGCUAGAAUUUUGUAGCCUUUGGGGGAAUUUUCUUUCUUUCUUUUUUUUUUUUUUUUUUUUAAUUUUCUUGACAUCUUGGGAGAUGUGAAAGCAAAGGGAGGGAUUUCAUCCUAUGGUUGCUUCAUUUUUUUGUUUUCAGCAACAUAGCUCAUGCAGAAUAGUGUAUCAGCUACUAAAAGAUGAUUUUAUUGAAGUGCAAAUGAGACUUUGAGACUGGUAACAAGAAUAUUAGUAAGAGGCUCAGAAAGGAGAUGCUUGUGGCCCUCAUUAUCAGAAGGGGCUUGGCAGCACAAGAUCCUGAAAACAAUUCUUUGGAAUUUUUUUCCAGUUUUCUUUGGAAAUUCUGAAGUAAGAUUAUGAGAAAGAGUUGGCUUAUAAUGACCUCUAGAGAAAAAAAUCUCAGAAACCUUUUGCCAGGAGACUAAUAGUGGUUUAAAGGAUAGGUUUUAUAGUUCAUAACUCGACUGUGAAUGUUAACAUCAAUUGAAUUUUCAUAUAAAUGUUGCACUAGUCCUUGUGCAUUGAAAGGAAAUGUGCUUGCACCCUGGUACAUGGUUCAUACAGAUGUAACUGAGAUGUAAGCUAUAAUCUUCUAAAUGUAAAACUCUGAAAGCCAUAGUCUUAAAAAAAAAUAUACCCCACCAUUGAAUAACUUGUGUUCUGUGCAAAAUAAAUAGUUUACAUGUUUGUGCUCUGAUGUCUCUUAAAUUGAUAAGAAUCAAGAGAGUUUCAACACUGAAUUUUGCAAAUCAGUUGUAAUGCAUUGUUUUUACUGUAUCUGCUGUGAAGUUGAUUAGUUACAUUGUGAAAAAAUAAAUAGUGCCUGGCUACUUA